AUGGAUGUUGCGUCAUUGAAGCUUCCCCUUGAAAGUCAAACUUACACUUCCUCGUUAUUAAUGGAGCAAUCACGACCUGAAGAUAUGAACGGAAAUGAGCAUAUUAUUCACAUAACUGGGAGUAGUGAUGCCUCCUCAUCUAGCUUGCCACAUGGUAGAUCUUUAAAUAGCUUAAAUGCAUCACAGCAAGAAGACAGACCUUCAACUAGUCCAAGAGCACCCACAUUUCAACCUUCAAUUUUUUCCUCUAAUGGAUCAAACUCUAGGAACAAUGCAACAGGAAGGAGAGGGGAUACUCGCCGCCGCAGAAGUCCGUUGAAUUCUGGAUUAUGGAUAUCUAUUGAACUGGUUCUUACUGUGAGCCAAAUUGUUGCAUCUGUUGUUGUUUUGUCCUUGUCAAGGCAUGAGCAUCCUCGCACUCCAUUGUUUGCAUGGAUUGUUGGUUAUGCAUCUGGAUGUGUUGCUAUUCUUCCUCUUCUGUAUUGGCGCUAUUGUCACCGCAACCAGGUUUCAGAACAAGAUUCUGCUCAAGCCCGUCACAGUUCUCAGAUUAAUGUACCAGCAAGACCAUUUUCUCUUUCUGUUUCUAGGACUUCUGAAGGAGAUCUUCAGACUACCACUGCAUCUUCUAGAAGCAGUCAAAGUUCGGAAGUACUAAGCAGAAGAGUCAAGGUACUUGUGGAAUACUUUAAGAUGGCAUUGGAUUGUUUCUUUGCGGUUUGGUUCGUAGUUGGCAAUGUUUGGAUUUUUGGUGGGCACUCAUCUGCCAGUGAGGCUCCUAACCUAUACAGGUUAUGUAUAGUAUUUCUUACAUUUAGUUGUAUCGGAUACGCCAUGCCUUUCAUUUUGUGCGCAACAAUCUGCUGUUGUCUUCCUUGUAUAAUAUCUGUCCUUGGAUUUCGAGAAGACCUGACACAGGCACGAGGAGCCACACCUGAAUCAAUUAAUGCUCUGCCAACAUACAAGUUCAAGUUAAAGAAAAACAAAAAUAGUGACAAUAGAGAUAGCAGCAGCGCAGGUGUCUCUGAAGGUGGUGUUGUGGCUGCAGGAACUGAGAAGGAGCGUGUGAUCUCUGGAGAGGAUGCGGUUUGUUGCAUCUGCUUGGCAAAAUACUCAAACAAUGAUGAGCUGAGAGAGUUGCCAUGUUCUCAUUUUUUCCACAAGGAGUGUGUGGAUAAGUGGUUGAAGAUCAAUGCAUCUUGUCCCCUUUGCAAAAGCGAGGUUGGUGAGAGCAUUUUGGGCUCUCUCUCCGCGAUCAGUGGCACUCAGCAACGCAGUGAUAGUAGGGUAGGCAAUGAAGUGGCCAACACUAUGUUUUAG